CUCCGGAAGAACGUCUCUCAACAAGGACGACAACAUGCGCUGACAAUGGGAAACGCAAAUAGCUCUCACAAAAUCUCGGCCCAGGAUCGAGCGAUCCUCGACCUGAAGAACCAGCGCGACAAGCUACGUCAGUACCAGAAACGCAUCACCGUGCUCACGGACCGGGAGACCGCCAUCGCCAAGGAAUGCCUUGCGCGCGACGACCGAAAGCGCGCGCUGCUGGCGUUGCGCCGCAAGAAGUACCAGGAGUCACUGCUUGAGAAGACCGACAAGCAGCUGGAACAAUUGGAGCAGCUCACGGGCCAGAUUGAGUUUGCGCUUGUGCAGAAGGACGUGCUCUACGGGCUGCAGCAGGGUACGCAGGUGCUGCAGACUAUCAAUAAGGAGAUGGGCGGCAUCGAAGGGGUGGAGAAGCUGAUGGGCGAGACCGAGGAGGCCCGCGCAUACCAAGAGGAAAUCAGUCAGAUGCUCGCGGGCCGUCUGUCCAGGGAAGACGAGGACGAGGUCGAGGAGGAGCUGGAGGAGUUACAGCGCCAAGCGCAGGGCCCGGUCGUCUUGCCGAAUGCGCCUGUCUCGUCCCUUCCAGAGGUUGGAGAGGAGACGGGCGAAGUGGAGGCAGAGCAGCAAUCGGCUGGAGGAAGAAAGGCAAGGGCCGAGGAGCGAACUGCCAUCCUUGCUUGAUAUCAGUCACUACCGUUUCCAUCCAUACAUCGCAUUUCUCAGGAGUUACAGGUUUCGUCAAUGGGUCAUUAUAUUCCAUCAUAUCAUUAGAUAGCUC